AUGAUGCCAGUAACAAACCAUGAUAAGUUUGUGAUCAAUGCUAUUUUUAAUCCAAACUAUCCGCUUGAUUUUGACGGAGUUUCACAAGCGGACACUUCAGUAUCGUCACAAAUAGAGAAACAGGUAAUAGAACUAAAACUAUUGGAAGCAGAAGGAGUUCGACUCGCCGAACACAAUUAUCUUACUGAGGCUAUCGAAUGUUUCACUCGAGCAAUUGAAAUCAAUCCACAACAACCAUCGCCGUACAACAACAGAGCCCAAGCUUUUCAGCUUCAAAAUCGUACGAAUGAAGCUAACGUGGACCUGAGCACUGCUAUUGAACUGGCUUCCAGUGAUAACAGUCAUCAAAAAGUCCUAUGUCUUGCACUUACUCAGCGUGGCAUUCUCAACCGAUUCUUAGGCAAAAAUGAAGCAUCACUUGAAGAUUUUCAGCGAGCUGCUGAACUUGGUUCACCGUUUGCCAAACAGCAAGUUCUUCUAACCAAUCCUUAUGCUGCCGCUUGCAAUGAAAUGCUCGCUAAAAUGUUUAAACAAGCAUCGGGCGCUCAAUAA